CUAUGUUUAUACUUUCAAAAUCCGUGUAACCCAUCUGAUGUAAAUGUUCGUAUAAAGGUGUUCCCUGAAAACGAGAAACUGAUUUUGUUUGUUAAUAAAUUAAUAAAUACUAUCUUGUACCUGUAUAACAAUCUCUUCAUCUUCGUCAUCGACAUUAUCGACACUCAUGUUAACAUUUGUAUUCAAACCAAAUACAUAACGUACAACAAUACAUAUAAAGUAUUCUUAUUAUAACUGUUUAUUAAUAUAUUUCUUCUUGGAUUAAGAAUAUACUUCAAAUAAAUGUAGAAAUGAAGCUUUCAAUAUACGUCUUUCCAUUCAUAUUAUUAUUUUUUCUGUGUUUGCACGCGACCACCGUGUAGUAAUCGUAACACAACCUCUAAUAUGUAGCGUGAUGGAAUGAAGGUUAAUGUUUGUGAAACACGCUUUUGUAUCUACAAUAAAUUAUAAAGAAAGAUCUGUACAAGGUAUUUGAACUUAUUGUAGUCAUCAACUGUUAUUGAACAAUGAAAAAUUUAACAUUAACUCAACGCGCCAGUCGUCCUUUAAUUUUUCUGAAAGAUCAGAUUUUACAACACUCAAAUGCUUCAACAAUACUACAUACAGUUAAUUCAAUCAACAACGAUUUUUAUACAUUGUUAAAAAACAAGUUAUAUAAAAUCCCAUCAGAUUAUGAGAAAAAUGAAACAUCUUUCGAUGUGGAUGAAAAUUUAGAGUUAGUUGGUUUAGAAUAUUGCAGCAUAACACAGGAACUUCUAGCUGCCUCUAAAUGUGGCGAUAUCAUAAGAAUAAACAUAGAAUCUGGAUUUGAAUGUGAAAUAAUGAGUCAGUUAAAUAUAGAUUUACAAUGUAUGAAACUAAGUCCAGACCAUGAAAUUAUAAUAUUAAUUACAAGUAAUGGAAUUGUAAUUACAAUGGUAUCCAAUUUUCAAAUAAUAUCGGAGGUAGAUUUGUACGCUUCAGAUUUUGGUCAAAAACAAUUUGUGACUGUUGGAUGGGGUAAAAAAGAAACUCAGUUCCAUGGAUCAGAAGGAAAGAAAGCAGCAGUAGCUGAACCAUUGAAACUAUCUCAAAAUGAAUGGGAUGAUGAAUCUUAUAAAAUAACAUGGCGGGAAGAUGGUUCAUUAUUUGCUGUUGGUUUCUUACACCGUCAGAAUAAAGUAAGAGAAUUUAAGAUAUUCAAUAGGGAAGGAAUUUUACAAUAUACCAGUGAACCUACCAAUGGCUUAGAAGAACCAUUAUCAUGGAAACCAUCUGGGAAUUUAAUUGCAACCACACAAACUUUACCUAAUAAACAUGUUGUUGCACUGUUUGAGAAGAAUGGCUUAAAGCACAGAGAAUUUUUGCUUCCCUUUAAACCAAAAGAAAUUACGGUGAAGGAUUUAUUUUGGUCACCAGAUUCAGAGAUCUUAACUCUUUGGUGUAUUGUAAAAGAAGAUUGUUCUUCAAUUCUGCAGCUAUGGACAGAAAGUAAUUAUCAUUGGUACUUAAAGCAAACAAUUAGAUUUCCAAAGGAUAAUACAUUAAUACACACAACAUGGAGUAUAACAUCUUUUUCUAAAAGAAUAAUUAUGUUAACAUCCAAAGAGCUUAUUACAUGUGAUUACAACUGGUGUGUUAAUCAUAGUAGAGGUAAAACUAUAUAUGACAAAUCUGUUGUUGGGGUAAUUGAUGGAAAUAAGUUAUUGAUGUCUGGCCUUAGAAUAGGAGUUGUACCACCACCAAUGGCACACACUAUUCUAGAAAUUUCUGAACCAAUAAAUGCUAUUGUUUUUGCACCAGAUGUAGAUAAUAAAAGCUCUUGGGUAGACAGUAACACAUUUUUCUGUGUUUCUCAAAGCAAUAAAUUAAUAUUUUAUCAACCAAUAACAGAUUCAUUGAUGCUGGACUACAAACAGAUUGGAUCAUAUGAUAUUAAGUUGCAUAUUUCAAUAUCAUUUGAAAAUUUUCUAUAUAACAUGCAGCAUUUUCUUUGGUUGGAUGAAAAUAAGAUUUUGUGUUCUUUAUCAGCAAACAAUCAAAGCUUUCUUUGCAUUUUAACUUUAAAUACAGUAUCUGAUCCAAUGCAAGAUCAGCUGAUAGUAGAGGAAAUAUCAUCCGUACUCUAUAUGGGUGAUUUAAUUCAACACAUUGUACCUUCUCCUAAUUCAAAGGAGGCUUACAUAGUCACAAGAAAUUCCAUUGAUGUAUAUACAAAAGAAUCGAAAUUUGUUCCAAUAAAUGUACAAUUACCCAACUAUACUUACAAAGUGGAGGUGAUAAAUAUUGGUACAAAAGACGUUGUAUUAUCGUUGUCGCACAGACAUUGUUUGUCUAUAAGUGGAAAGCAAAUUGCCAAUAAUAUUACCAGCUUUUUUGUCCAUUCGGAGUUUUUACUUUUGACAACACUACAGCACACACUAAUAUGCGUGAAAAUAAAUGAAGAGGGCUUUGAAGAGUUGAUUAAGCAUGACUUGACCAUUAAGCCUUGGGAAAAUCUUAACAGUGAAAAAUCCUUUACAGAGUUAAAUAUUAGACGAGUGGAAAGAGGAUCUCAGCUAAUCGCGGCCAUCCCUAGGGAUUCAAAAACAAUUCUACAAAUGCCGCGUGGAAAUUUAGAGUGUAUACAACCCCGAGCCUUAUCCUUGUACAUAAUUGGAUAUUAUUUAGAUAAUUGUAAUUAUCUAGCUGCGUUUGAUUUAAUGCGCAGACAGAGAAUAAAUUUAAAUCUGAUUUAUGAUCAUGAUUCUAAGAAGUUCAGCGAGAACGCUGAAAAAUUUGUAGAGCAGGUAUCCAAAUCCAGCUGGUUAAGUCUAUUUCUAACCGAAUUAGGAGACGAAGAUGUUACUACAACGAUAUAUGCAAAUUACUAUAAAAAAUCAGGUCAAACAAACACAGGCAAUGCUAUCACGGACAAAGUUGAAUUAGUUUGUGAUUUAUUAAGAAAUAUUAUGGAGUGCAAGAAUACAGGGAAUUAUUUGAUUCAACCAAUAUUAAUUAGCCUGGUUAAAGAUAAAAGAAAGCAAGGACUGGAGGGUGCAUUGACUAAAAUAAAUGAGCUUCGAAAAUUAGAAGCCACUGGUGGAAAUGUAGAAUCUAUAACAUCCGAUGAAGCACUGAAAUAUUUAUUGUACAUAGUUGAUGUAAAUGUACUCUUCGAUACAGCUCUAGGAAUGUACAAUUUUGAUCUGACAAUGUUUAUCGCAUCUAAAUCACAGAAAGAUCCUAAAGAAUAUAUUCCAUUUUUAAAUGACAUGAGGAAACUCGAUGAGAAUUACAUGAAAUAUUCCAUUGACUUGCAUUUGAAACGUUACGAAUCAGCACUUAAACAUAUAGUUAAAGAAUCAAACAGAUUCAAUGAGUGUAUAAAUUUAAUACGUAACCACGACUUGUAUACAAAAGCGUUAAAACUAUUUCAAAAGGACAGUGAACAGUACAAAGAAAUAGCUAAAAUUUAUGGAGAAUUCUUGCUGAAAAAGAAACAUUAUCGAGAAGCUGGAAUCAUGUUCAACAGGAGCAAUGAUUUAAGGGAGGCUUUGAAUGCUUACAAGUUAGCUGGAAGCUGGCAAGAUGUGAUUAUUCUUUUAACACAAUUGAAACUGGGAGUAACAGAGGAACGCGCGGUUUACAAGGAACUUGCGGACCGAUUAAAAAGUGAUAAACGGUAUGAAGAAGCUGCACAUAUUUUAAUUAAUUAUUUAAACGACGUUGAGGAAGCGAUAGUUUCCUUGUGCAUUGGCAGACACUGGAAAGAUGCUGUAAGAAUUGCAUAUGAAAGAGAAAGUUCAGAUUUAGUUGAGUCUCGUGUGAGAUCAAGUGUAUACGAAUAUGCGGAUCACAUAAUGUCUCAAAUAGAAAAGAAUAAACAGAACUUUGAGCAAUACAAAUGCCGCCUAGCUGUAGUCAGAGUUAAUAUUUUAGAAAGAAAUGCACGAUCUACCAUCGAAAUGAUUGGCGACAGCGAGACAGUGUACGACAGAGGUAUCUCAGACAUUCUUAGCGACACAAGUAGCGUUGCCAGUUCAACGUUCACUCAAAAAUCAAGACUGUCCAGUUUAUCUGGAAAAAGUUACAGGUCUCGCAAGAAUCGUAGAAAGCAUGAAAGAAAGCUCUUGAGCUUGAAAGAGGGCAGUGCUUUCGAGGAUUUAGCAUUAAUACAAGCUUUAUAUCAGAUUGUCAGCAAUACAUAUAAAGAAAGAGACGAAUUGAAUGUAUUAGUACAAAUGCUUUUAUACUUCUAUGAUGAUGAAUAUGGAAAGAAAUUGCAGAAUUGUAUGGAACAGUUAUUACGCUUAAUUGAGAAAAGUAAAUCUGAAAUUUGGGAUAAAUCUGCGCCUUCGAGCUUAUCAGAAAUGGAAAGUGUAGAACUAUCCAGUCAGUUUCAAGGAGUGUCUCUGUCUCAUAAAUCAAUUGAGCCUUAUAUUACACACCCACCAGAAUCUAACACUUCAUCUUGGAAACUGAAUAUAUUUUAGUAUUGGGUGAUUACACAUUUUGUACGAAAAUAUACGCAGAAUUAUUUAAUAAUGUUUUAAAUCUCUGGAAAAUAUGUUUGCCUUUUUUUAUUUAAAUAAUAGACCAUUUCAUAUAAACUUUUCCUACGUAAAUAACAUUAAAAAUAUAUCGCUAUUAUAAUGAAAUUAGGUUUCAUUAUUGUACAUGAAGCAAGUAUUCUGCUUGAGAAUAAUUGAAACACGAAUAUUAUAGCGUAAUAUUUUAAUUGACGCUAAUGAUGUGUAUUGUUUCCUAGAAUAUUAUAAUUUAUUUUUCACUGAUAUGCUUUUCACAUAAAUUUCAGAUAAUUACAUGCUCCGAAUGCAGCGAGUGAAUUGAUAAAAUACCAGGAAUGAACAGUCAUACUUGUAUAUUUAUAUAAACUAACAUUAAAACUAUUCAUAGAGCUAAUAUCAAAAUAAAAAGUCUUUUUAUAAUCGUGAAUAAAAAUUAAAAUUCCUUCAAUAUUACAGUAUAAAAGAUAUAAUUUACGGGUUAAAUACCUAAAAAUCAGGUUUUAAAUUAUAUAAAAGUUCAGCAAACAAUUAAGUUUAAAUAUUUUAAAGAAUAUUUAAAUACCAUCCAGCUUGAGAGGUAUAUUGGUUAAAACCAAUGCGCAUUUCUCAAACAGUAAAGGUAUCAUGUUAUUACAGUUACAGCGCAAUUUAGAAUGAUUGUUAAUCGUACGGUUUAAUUCUAAACGCACCAAUUUUCACGAGACACAAUUAAAUAAUAUACUCGACCAUUACAGAAAGGAACUUUCGGUGAGCAAGUCAUUUUUUACUCAAUCUUUCCGAUUUUUCAGACUUUUAAUAUAACUUAUUUUGCCGAAUUUUUAUCCAAUUCAAAGCCAGAUCCAUCGGCAAACAUUAUUCCUUAGUUUCAUUAUAAUAAUAAAAAAAGUAAGUUCAGUACCGUUUGACUAUACUCUCAUGCUUGCUUUCCUUUUUCUUUCCUACACUAGAAAACUUUUUGUAUACAGUUACUCUAAAUUCCGUAAUUAUGUGUAAGAGCGAGAAAACCUUCAACAAGUAAUUCACGUGUUUAUGUAUCUACUAGCUCUAAGAAAGCAGGCAUAUUUUAUUAUACGAUGUGCUGUACCGGUGCCAGGAAUACUCUCUAUAAACGACGUUACACGAAAUUGCUUAUUAAAGUUUUUCUCCUUCAUAAACUACAUGUAACUCGUUAAAAUACAACAUUAAAAUCGUCCCAUUUUUAAUAGGACUACGCAUGGGACUAUAUUUUUAAUAGGGCUGAGUUAUAGACCAACCCGCUAAUUUUCUGGUGAAUUUCU